CACUGGGUCCCUCUCUCUCUCCGACUUUCCAAACGGUCUCCACUACAGCUUGACGAGGGAUUGUUGCUGUGGGAUUUUCCCACCAGUGUUACCUCACGUCUCAUACAUUGCAACUCGGUUCCAUCACCAUCGUUGAGGUCUCUCUCUCCUUCACUAUAUCACCAGUGAAUUGCUACUCUCCUUGGAACCCGGACAAGACGACAUCACUUCCGCUAUAAUUACCACUCAUUCUCGCAAACUGGCCCCUUCUUUCGGCAGAUGCAUACGCCUAUGAGCUCAUUUCAUCUUGGUCUUCACUUCCAUAUUUAAGCCCCGCUCGUCUCACUUCACUGUACCUGAAUUCACUUGUCACCAUUCAUCUUCACCACUUGGACAAGGCGGUCAUUCCACGACCUACUUGAACGGACCAUGUCGGCGUCCCUCACCAAGGUCCUGCAUAGGAUGCAGGAGCUCUUUUCCAACGUCGUCGCCGCCUUAGAAGCUAUGCUAUUGUUUCCAUCACUCUUCCGGGAUUCCUCUGGCAAGAGGAAAUCAUUCCACCGGGCAUCUUGGCGCCGUCGCACUCUCGAUGACCUGGCUGACGAAGUCAACCAUGUGUUCACAGCCCCACUGUCCAUGCAGAACAUGGCCAUGAUGUCCGAAAAGAUCCGUGAACAGCUUCGAAUUUGUCUCCAGUCGAGUCCGGUCAGCAUGUUGCCAUCGUACAACCAUGCGCUGCCAUCAGGAACGGAGAAGGGAACCUUCCUGGCCCUCGACGUCGGAGGCUCCACCUUCCGUGUGGCUUUGAUUGAACUUCGCGGAAACGGCGACAUGGACAUUCUCCGGGUCAACUCGUCCCCCAUCGACGAGCAGGUCAAGCUUUUGGAGGGAACCCUAUUCUUUGACUGGAUGGCGGAGAAGAUCGAUUCGAUGCUCUCCCAGGUCGGCGCACAGUACGGUCGAGAAUCGGCGCCAUUGUCCAUGGGCUUGUCAUGGUCAUUCCCAGUGGAGCAAACGUCCAUCAACAGUGGGUUGGUGAUUCAAAUGGGCAAGGGCUUUUUAUGUUCGAAUGGUACUGUGGGACAGGAGCUGGGAGAUCUGAUUGUCAAGUCGUGUCACAAACGUAGUUUGAACCUCCAAAUGGGUGCCAUUGUAAACGACAGUUCUGCUACUCUUCUUUCUCGUGCCUACGUGGACCCCAAGACCCGCAUGUCCCUGAUUCUUGGAACGGGAACCAAUAUGGCGAUUCAUUUCCCGGUGCAUGCGAUAGGAUUGACCAAGUUUGGCACCAGACCCGUAGGCUGGUUCGACUACGCCAAGCACGUCAUCAUCAAUAGCGAGCUGAGCAUGUUCGGUGGCAAGGUUCUCCCCAUGAGCCGAUGGGACGAUGUGAUCAACCGCACCCAUCUUCGACCCGACUAUCAACCAUUAGAAUACAUGAUCACCGGGCGCUACCUGGGCGAAAUUCUUCGACUGAUCAUCGUGGAAGCCGUGGAGACCGCACACUUGUUUGGCGGUGAACUCCCUCGCUCCAUGCGCGAUGCCUAUUCGUUCGACACGAGCAUCGUCGCUGCCAUUGAGGCCGAUUCGUCCGCAUCAUUUUCGUCGUCGGCGGCUCUCCUCCAGAAGGAGCACACAUUCCACCGUGCCCCCUCCGUGGAUGACCUCAAGUUCUUACGCCGUAUCUGUGAGAUUGUUUCGAACCGCUCCGCGGGAUACCUGGCAACGGCCAUCCACAGCAUGUGGUGUUUGCGCAACGAGGCCGAGUUCCCCGAAGUGACCGCCUCUGCAACAUCGUCGAUCAAGGAGACACAAGAGGUGACGGUGAUCGAGAGUGAACAUCCCCAGAGUUUGACCAUUGCAUGCGACGGCAGUGUCAUCAACAAGUAUCCCGGCUUCCGGGAUCGUUGCCAGGGUUACAUCAACCAGCUGUUGCAGGAGACGAACGCUUCGAAGGGCACCUUGGACGCAACUCCCAGCCCCUCCGUCCGCCUCGACCCCGCCGCGGAGAGUGGGAUCCUCGGUGCGGCGGUUGCGGUUGCGGUCGCUGUGGCCGAGAAGGCAUCGACGUGAAGUGCUGGGGAAACAUAAUCGCGUUUUCAAUCUCCUCGCGGGGAAUUUAGAUACCACAGUCAUCCAUUUGUCGUUCUAGGUGUGUUGCUGGUCGUCUGUCGGGCCUCACACGGCGUUCAUAUUGCAUUAUCCGGUGUUAUGGUCUCAUCUUUCUUCCACUUCGUUUCUGCGCGUUUGGGUUGGCUUCGGGGUUCGGGCAUCUGGCUUGUUUUUGUUGUUGUGGCUUGUAACACAGCGUGGUCGACGCAUUGUGUGCUCAUGGGAU